AUGGUUGACGACAAGAAGCUGAAGUCCAGGAAGCUGAAAAGGGCGAAUAUCAUUGCCGGAAUCAACCGUAUGGAACAGUUCCUGCAUCAAUACGUCGAGGACCAACACCAAGGGGAAGUUCGAUACCGCUUGGAGCGUCUCGAGAAGUUGUGGGAAUCGUUCGACGAAGUGCAGGCGGACUGCGAGGAGCUUGACGAGGAGGAGGAUGCGGACACUAAAAAUUUGGAGAUCCGAAGCAAAACCGAAUCAAUUUAUUUCCGGGUCAAAGCUGGUCUAGCUUCCAAGAUCCCGGAAUUGUUUGGGCCCACCGCAUCGACGUCCUAUGCUGCAAAUGAAACAUCCGCCCCCGCCCAUCUUGCGAACAUUAAACUCCCGACGAUCACGCUACCCGAAUUUGAUGGCGAUUUCAAUCAGUGGCUGACGUUCCACGACACGUUUGUGUCGAUGAUUCAUUCGUCGACGGAAAUUUCUUGCGUCCAGAAAUUUCACUACCUUCGCGCUGCCCUCAAGGGCGAGGCAGCUAAUUUAAUCCAGUCGAUUACCAUCACCGCCAACAACUACUCUGUUGCGUGGGAGGCAUUGGUAACGCGUUAUUCGAAUACGACUCUUCUGCGAAAAAAGCACAUCCGAGCCCUGCUCAAGUAUCCCAAAAUCCCGAACAACUCGGUGGAUGCGCUUCAUCGAAUCGUCGACGAAUUCCAGAGGCACACGAAGAUUCUAGAGCAACUCGGAGAACCCGUGAUCUAUUUUAGCUCGAUUCUUAUGGAGCUUUUGGAGGAUAAGCUGGAUGACGCAUCGCUCACCGCCUGGGAGGAAUCCAUUGCCGGUGAUCCCCAUCCAACCUACAACAAUAUGAUCGAAUUUUUGCAGAAGAGAACCCGAAUCAUGGAGACGAUCAUGAUCAAUCGGCCAACGUCCAGCCAGUCGAAACCCGUCGCUCAAAAUUUUCCUCAGCGCAAACCAGGAUCGCGCUUGAGUUCGAAUGCUGUUUCCGAAGGUUUCCCGAAAAGCUACCCGAUGUGCCCUGCUUGUGAGAAGGAAAGGCACAGCAUCUACAACUGCCCCGUUUUCAACAGCUUGGACCCGAAAGGCCGGACGAAAAUAGUGACCGAAAAGAAACUGUGUGCCAAUUGCUUCCGAAGUGAUCAUUUCGCCCGAUCGUGCCCGUCGAAAUUUUCCUGCAAGCAUUGCUCCAUGCGCCACCAUUCGAUGAUUCACUUCGGUCAAGCUGAAUCCACCCUUGCUGCUGCUGAUCCCCCGUCCCGCCCCGAGAAUGUCAAUUCACUUGCCGUCGCAAUCACCCCGCAACCUACUGUGUCAUCGAAUCCCGUCAUAAGACCAUCCCGUGAGAGUGUGCUGCUACCCACAGUAGUGCUAAUCGUCGUCGACGCCUAUGGUCAUCAACAUAUAGCCCGUGCCUUGCUGGACACAGGUUCUCAACCGAACGUCAUCAGCGAGAGACUGUGUCAGCAACUGCGUUUGUCCCGUAAGGUGGUUAACAUCGACGUGCGAGGUGUAGAUGGUACCGCAACGAGUGCGAAAUUUGAAAUUCAAGCCGAAAUAAGAUCUCGGGUGAGCGAUUUCUCCGAGAUGUUAGAUUUCCUCGUCUUCCGGAAAGUAACCAGUGACGCCCCCGCAAUUCCCUUCUCGGUUGCCCAAUGGAACAUCCCCAAAAAUCUCGCUCUCGCCGAUCCAGAUUUUGGCACACCGCGCAAAAUAGACAUGAUUAUCGGUGCUGCUAAUUUCUAUGCCUAUCUGAAGCCAGGUCGCCUCCAGCUUGCAGCAAAUGGUCCUUUGCUGGCCGAAACAGUGUUCGGUUGGCUGGCAACUGGAAAAUGCGACAUGAAAGCCGAAAAAGCCAAACAAAAAUCUAUGGCAACUUGUCAUAUGGCGACAGUUGUUCCCGUAGAAGAGCUACUUUCCCGUUUUUGGAAGAUAGAGGAUGUUGGUGGAUCCGACUAUUCUAUCGAUGAGCAGAACUGUGAGAACUACUACCGAUAUACAACCGAUCGUGACUCUUCUGGGCGCUACAUUGUGCGCGUCCCGAAGCACCCCGAAUUCGAGCAGAUGGUGGGAGAAUCGAAAGGUGCUGCUCUCCGUCGGUUUGCCUGGCUCGAGCGGAGGCUGGAGAAGGACGCUGAUCUCAAGAGUCAGUAUCACGACAUCAUGAGAGAAUACAUCGAACUUGGCCAUAUGGAUCUGGUUCCCCCCGAAUCGGAAAAUAUGACAUCCUGCUAUCUUCCUCACCACCCCGUCGUGAAGGAGUCCAGUUCGACGACAAAGGUGCGAGUCGUGUUGGACGGCUCAGCCAAAACCAGCACCGGCCAUUCGCUGAACGACUCUCUUCUUGUUGGCCCAGUCGUGCAAGACGAGCUGCUGACGAUCAUCAUCCGAUUCCGAAAAUACCCGAUAGCGUUGGUGGCGGACAUAGCCAAAAUGUAUCGUCAAAUUGUGGUGCACCCAUCGGACCGAUGCUUUCAGCGCAUUCUGUGGCGCUUCAAUCCCGACGAACCCGUCCGAUCGUACGAGCUCCGCACCGUCACCUACGGUCUCGCCCCGUCUUCGUUUUUGGCAACAAGAACUUUGUUGCAGUUGGUGGAAGAUGAAGGCCAAAUCGAACAGAAAAAGACGACCAUUCUAAGUGAUGUGGUUGAGCCGCCCAACAUGUUCGAUAAGUUUUCGUUAUAUCAAGAGCUGCUGCGCACAGUUGCUUACUGUUUGCGUUUUUUCAACAACGCCCAUCUCCGAAAGCAGCCCGUUCCCGAUUCAGUCCCCGCCGUGUGUGAGCUCCAACGAGCAAAGCUUUCUCUAACACAGCUCGUUCAAGCUGACACUUUUCCCGAAGAACUUCAAGCAUUGAGAAAGGGGCAGCCAGUCCAAGCAAAAUCUCAACUUCGUUUGCUUUCACCCUUUCUCGAUUCCGAAGGCCUGAUUCGCGUUGGUGGCCGGCUGAGGCUUUCCGAUGCACCGUACGAUGUCAAGCAGUCAAUGAUCUGCAACCGCUUCGCCCGCGCACUUUUUGGUGCGUAA